AAAGCUUCUGACGCGUCAUCGUUCAUGUGACUUCCUCCAGGCGAGCAAAAACAGCACCACAGGCAAAAUGUUUCCACAGAACGACGAGGAGAAACUUUGCGUCUAAAAGUUUAUUUUCUUCUUGGAAAGUAACAACUAACACCAGGCACACACUCACGCGCAGGCACACCAUGGUUCAAUGACUCCAUUCUUCUUCGCGCCUCCGUGUUCAGCAGGCCGCCAUGGCGCAUCCAAAUGGCAGCUACUCCAUCAACUCCGCGCCGUCAGACGAGUCCGAAGACAAUGAGCCGCUCCUCCAUGAUGUUACAACGAAAAGGCCCUCUGCUCCUUUCUCAGUUCCUCCACUGUGCUGCUCGGCCCGCUUGAACUUAUCCAUCUUGAUGUUCAUGGGGAUCGCUGUGGUCUACGGGCUGCGCGUCAACCUCAGCGUGGCCAUGGUGGCUAUGGUGAACACCAGCGAGACGAUCCCGGGGCUCAAUAGCUCCACGGUGCCCCUGUGUCCACUCCCCAGUCACACGGACAACACCAGUCAGCCACUUGAGCAGCCCAAAGGGACGCCGCAGUACCCGUGGGAUGCGGAGACUCAGGGCUGGCUGCUGGGGGCCUUCUUCUUUGGCUACCUGUGCACACAGAUCCCGGGGGGUUACCUGGCGGGACAGUACGGUGGCAGCAUCUUCCUGGGUUUAGGGGUGCUGGGCACAGCCGCCCUCACACUCCUCACACCUCUUGCUGCCAAGUGGGGACCCUACUGGCUGUUUGCCCUGCGAGCGCUCGAGGGACUGGGCGAGGGCGUGACAUUCCCGGCCUUGAUGUCCAUGUGGGCCCACUGGGCUCCGCCCAUGGAGCGCUCUCGCCUGAUGUCACUGUCGGGCAACGGCGCCAACUUUGGUGCCUUCCUGGCUAUGCCGCUCACGGGAUACAUUUGCCAAGCACUGGGCUGGCCUGCUGUCUUCUACCUAUGUGGGGGUGCUGGUUGCCUCUGGGCUGUCCUUUGGUUCUUCCUCGUGUCGGACGACCCCCGCACUCAUCGGCGAAUCAGCCAAGAGGAAAGAGAUUACAUCGUCGCCUCCAUCGGACAUCAAGGAAGCAGUCAUGGCUGGUCCGUGCCUGUGCUGAGCAUGGUGACGUCGGUGCCGCUGUGGGCCAUCAUCAUCACGCAGAUGUGCUCCAACUGGUCCUUCUACACACAGCUCACCUCCCUGCCCACCUACUUGAGCAACAUGAUGCACUUUGACCUGAAGUCGGACGGCUUCCUCUCAUCUCUGCCCUACCUGGCGGCGUGGCUGUGCGCCACGCUGGCAGGUUUUGUAGCCGACCACCUCAUAGAGAAGAAAGUGUUCAGCAUCACCACUGUACGGAAACUCUUCACGGUCACAGGCAUGUUGUUUCCUGCCGGCUUCCUCUUGGCGGUGGCCUACUCAGGCUGCAGCCACGUGCUCACCAUCGCAUUCUUCACGCUCACAUCGGCCACAGGAGGCACCAGCGGGGCAGGGGUCUUCAUGAACCAGAUCGACAUCGCCCCGCGGUACGCAGGGUUUCUCCUGGGAAUCACGAACACAUUCGGGACCGUUCCCGGAGUCAUUGCCCCCAUCGUGACGGGAUAUUUCACCAAGGAUCACACCAUGGAGGGCUGGAGGAAAGUCUUCUGGAUUUCGGCCACCGUCAACGUGUGCGCCGCCGUCUUCUACAUGCUGUUCGGAAGCGGCGAGGUUCAACCUUGGGCCAUCCCGGAGGACGAAGCCAACGUGGACAAGGGGAAGAGGACCAGGUCCGUGUCUGCUUAAAUGGGAGGAAAUUCUGCACUUAAAUAGCAGCAGUAGCAUGUAGGAUUACGCUUUUAAGCUUUCUUUUUUAAGUGGGAUAUUCAGGAUCUUUUAAUUUUCUUUUUAAUAUUUUUUUUGUAAGAAUGCUGUUUUUAUAUUCAACAUUUACGCACUCGUUGGUUUUAGAUGGGGAGAUAUAAAUUAUAAAAGAGGAGGAAAACCGGUUUAGAGUAGGCAGGCAAUGGAACAAUGGGCACAACAACAAGGUGUUGUCAAAACAACAGCUCACAAGGCUGUUAAGUCAGUCAGUGGGCAGGUUUUUGUUGGUGGGGGGGGUGAUGGAAGCUGUCGUCGCUGUCGCAGACGCCAACCUUGUUUAAUUCGCUGAAUGUGCGAUGCUUCAGUCAGUUGUGUCACUUGGGUGAGUUGUGUCUGAAAGGCGCAGGCGAUAACGCUGGAAUUACCGUUAUGGUGAUUGAACGUUAGACAUUUUUUAAUGAGAUUAAUAUCAUCAAUUACCAUUAUUUUAAUGGUUUGUUUUCUUAACAAAAGUACAGUUAUAGAGGUAAAGGCUCAUUUUGAUCAAACCUGUUGACCAAAUGAAGCACUUUUUACACACACAAAAAACCAACCACAAACUUUAUAGUCUUUAAGCAUAUUAUGUUUUUAUGGCGACUUUUUUUGGGGGGUGGGGUGAAUGAAACAAAACACUGAAACGUCAAAGCACAUGUUCAGUUAUUUAUUUUAUUUGUCCGUGCUGCCAGCUUGAAUUGUUCACCCUUUUCAUGUACCGUAUUUGUACCUUGUUACGCAAGAAAAAGGUUUUUCAUGGACAGAAUUUAAAUUAAGAUUAAAAAAAUGAAGCGUUCCACA